CUUUGUUUUAAAUUCGUGUGUUUGCCGGUACCUAUCUCGAGAUUUCUUCGAAUGAAUUCCACCGAUUGAAUUACAUCUUUCGAUGCAUACUCACGAUGCUUUUUUUUCGUGCCUGUGUAACCGUUGCAAGGCUUAGCUAUCAGUGCUAUGAACAUUUUAGCAGUGUCCUAUGUCGCGCGAGAUAUGUACAUAUAAAUGUCAGAGACUUGAUUUAUUUACGAAAAGGUCAAAGUAGCGUUACUGCAUUGUUUACCAUCUACACCGACAACUACCGAUUCAGCGACUCAGUUUUACUUUACUAUAUACAAAUAAUUACGUACUUGCACUGGCUGCGAAUGGAAUUUUAUGAUAGUUUUUAUUGUCAAGUUCAUUCAUUUGCAAAAUGUGACUUACUACACGGGUUUCAGCAACUUUGACAGCCAACUGUCUAUUUAUUUAGGUUCAUAAGGCAUACACUUUCAGAUUUUCAAAAUAUUAUGUCAAGAAAGUCUCACGAAAAAAGAUUUUAAUCAAAGAACGAUUUUCAACAUGCCUUGUUGGUUUUAUGACAAAAAAGCACUUUUUAGCACACCAUCAAUUCAGGAUGGGAUAGAUCAUAACACUGAAUGUCAAUACCGUAAGGAAGGGGCUCAAUUAAUUAUUCAAAUUGGUUCACAAAUGGAACUGGGUUAUAAUACUCUUGCUACUGGUAUAGUUUAUUUUCAUCGCUUUUACAUGUUCCAUUCUUUCAAAACAUUUUCUCCUUAUAUAACUGCAUGUUGCUGUUUAUUUUUGGCUGGAAAAGCUGAAGAAACACCAAAAAAAAGUAAAGAUAUUAUAAAAAUUGCAAAAUCUUUUCUCAGUGAAGAUAAGCUAUUAUUGCUUGGAGAAGAUCCAAGAGAAGAAGUGAUGACAAUGGAAAAAAUUUUAUUGCAAACAAUGAAAUUUGAUUUAAAAGUACGUCACCCCUAUUGCUUCUUAUUGAAAUAUGCCAAAUGUCUCAAAGGUGAUAAGUAUAAAAAACAAAAAAUGGUACAAAUGGCUUGGACUUUCAUAAAUGACAGCUUAUGUACUACUCUCUCAAUUCAGUGGGAGCCUGAAGUUAUUGCAAUAGCUGUGAUCUAUUUAGCUGCUAAGCUUGUCAAGUUCAAAGUUAAUGGUUGGAUACACAGAAAACCAAGUCAAACACAUUGGUGGGAAAUAUUUGUCGAAGAUCUAACUGUCCAAGUUGUAGAAGAUAUCUGUCAUCAAGUUUUAGAUCUAUACUCACCAAUGAGUCGAUAUCAGGUGAUUAAAUCAUCUAAAUCUAAUAAAAUUGAUCCUGAGAAUAACAUAAAUAGACAAUCAGAUUUUUCUGCAAUAAACACAGUUAAUGGAACUGCUGUGAGAGAUCCAAGACUUGAAAACAGUAUUAGUACUGUUGUUACUAACUCUGUUAGUUCUUUGAAAGAUCCAAGACUCGAAAGUGGAUCUGUUUUUAUCAAAAGUCACUCUGAUAAGAAUAAUUCAAACACACCGUAUAUCGUGCUAACACAGUCUCCUGCAACACCAACUGUCCCACAACCUACGAAUCAAUCCCUACAUGAUAAUAUGCAUCAUGUUACAAACUCAAAUACGAUAUCAGUAACUGAAAGUGAACUGCAAGAAAAUUCCGGACUUCAAAUAUUUAUUGGCAAUUGCAGUACUUCAAUAGUGUCUUCACCAAUGAAUCCUUUGGUAAAUGGUGGAUUACCAAUGCUUAUAAAAGAUUUCAAUGCCAUGGAUACUUUAGAAAAUGGUGGGCUACCAAUGCUCAAAAAAGGAUUCGACACCGUGGAUCAUUCUCAAUCAACUGAAAAUCGAAACUUCGAUUUUAACAGCAACAGAAAUACUGACAAUCGAAUAAUAAGGCGCAGAGGUUUUGGACGUGUAACCAAUAACAGCAGAGAUUAUAAUGAAAAUCGGCCAAUGAGAAAUCGAGGAUUCAGAAAUUAUGGCAGGAACAAUCAUGUUGGAUUUAGUCAUAAUCGCUUCAGGAGACGAAACUUCGAUAAUAAUUAUGGUGAUGCUAUUGAUUACAUUGAAAAUCGAUUCAUGAAAACUCGAGGUUUUGGAAAUACAAGUAAUAAUAAAGAUGAUGAUGAAAAUAAUCCAGUGGGCACUCAAGGAUUCGAAAAUACAAAUUAUAAUAAAAAUGAAAAGAAGCCGAUAGGAAACCGAGGUUUUGGAAGCAAUAACAAUAGUAAUGGGUAUAAUGAGAACAAACUAUUAAUAAAUCGAGGCUUUGGGAAUGCAGGUAAAUAUAACAGUAAUUGCAAUUAUAACGAUUCGAAACCGAGGAUGAGAUUUAAUCGAAGAAAUUAUUUUCAACGAUCUGAGCCUUUUCCUAGAAAAUUCAAUAACAAUUAUGAAAUUGAUAAAUAUUCUCAUAAAGAUGAAAAUCAGAACGCUUUAAACGGCUCUAUGGGGGAUGAGCCUGAUAAAACAGUAAACAAACAGAACUUUUACCAUCUUAUCAAUGGAAAUUAUAAAAACGAAGAAGAAAAAUCUUGGGAUUAAGGUUAACGAUAAAAGAGAUGGAAAAUUACGUAUAUAUAUAUGUGUGUGUACGUCCAAGACAUUUUUAAAAUUGAUUUCAAUUCACUUUGAUUGCCUGUAAGUGAUGAGUAAAUUUUUAAAUGGAUUUUUGAAUAGCAUAUUUGCGUAUACGUCAUUUUUCGUCUUCGUUUCUAAACACAACGUGAAACAUUGCGUUAUCUAUCGUACACUUUAUUUUAUUUAUUUUGAUGAUUUCGAUGGAUCAAUUUGACUGAUAAGAUAGAACUGAUAUUUUUCUGACCAUUUACGAAACUUGUUGAUUAUUUUUGUAAAGUAUUUUCUUAAACCAUUUUCUUAAGUUUACUUGCAUUGUGAAAAUAAUAAUUUUUGUUAAUGAAUGUUGAACUGUAUGAAAAUGCA